AGGAAGUGGAAACACUCAGGCGCCUUUUCUGACUUCAUGUUGUCACGUUGUUGCAGCAAAACAACAUCAAAAAAGGUCAAAAUACUGGUUUAAAAGCAACAUCCAGUAGCAGAAACGUAUCCUGGAAGAUUCACGUAUGAAACAUGGCGACUAAGAAGAAGCGAGCGAGUAAUACAGAAAGUGACAGCUGGGUUGUUGUUGCUGCAGACUCCGUGACAGACACACACAAGAACGACAGUGACCCCGCUUUUGUGAGACUGAGGAAUCCCUUAACAAACGCAGCGUCGCUGUAUUUGCUCGGCGGCGGCGACCGGCGGCUGUACGAGGUCAAAGCGUUUGAGGAAGAUUUCCACUCCUGGUUCGUGGGUCAGGCCGUGCAGAGCGAUGGGAGACUUCUCUUUGUAACACCAAUGGAUCCUCUGUAUCUGAUUUUACCAUAUUUGAUUAAAUCUGGUAAAGAGGGGAAGUUCCAGCCGGUGAACCAGGUCGUCAUGGACGAGGAUUUCCCAGCAUGCUCCAGGCUGCUGAGCUGCACGCACUCCCUGGCGUCGCUGCACCACGUCGCCGAGGAAAAAGAGGUGGGAGGCCUGAAGUUUCACCGGUACAGUGAGGAGCGAACGCUGAGCUGGCUGAAGAAGAAGGUGGAGAGGACGGUCGUCGCCCUGAAGAAGAGAGGCAUCUCCGUGGGAGCGGGAGUGAAGUCCAGCACAUACGUCCGGGUCAAGGCAGAGUCUGAAGCCCACGAGGACGACUAUCUGCGCUACGCCCACGGCCUGGUAUCGGAGUACGUCAGCGAGGAGCUGAGCAAGGCCCUCCUCGAGCACCUGGGAUUACCGGAGCUCACCAGCCCCAAGGACACGGAGCCUCCGUCCAAGAAACGGAAGCUGUCGGAGCAGCCGGUGGAGGCCGGAGAAGACUACACCCGCUUCAACAGCGCCGACUUUGAGCGCAAACCACCGAAGAAGAUGACGGCGGCGCAGAAAACCCUGGCGAAGGUGGACAAGUCUGGCAUGAAGCCAAUGUCGUCGUUCUUCAGCCCUAAGGUCAAAGCAGAAAAGAAAUGAAUACUGCAUCGUUUUUUUUUUCAUUUGUACACAAACAUUUUUUGCAAAUAAAAU